AGUUCAGAUAUCGGACUACAAAGAGUGCUACAGAGAGUCAGUGUUUCACUAUCAGACAGGUGCCAAUAGCUCGAAAAGCUGAGGUCGACUACAUCAUCAACCUAUCAAAGGAUCAAACCCCAGCCACUCUGGAAACAAUGAGAGAAGAAAUCAUACAUGAAGUCGAAAAGACUGAGAGAAACCAUUUAGUCAUAGGCAAGCUAAUGACCACAACCUAUGCCCUUCGUCGCCAAGAAAUCGUUGGAGCUCUUGUAGCUCCACGGGUGAGAGACGUCGUGGAUAGAUGGCCAGCCCUACUUAUGGAGUCACAGGUGUUUGCAGAGUUCCACCGAAUCAACAAUGUUAACCUGCGCAAUCAAUUCUACAAGGAGCUGGACAGACACACGCCUAAACUCAUUACCUUGUUCAGAGACAAGGCCACCAAGACUGGCAAGAUAGCGGAGGAGCUAGCCAGGCUCAUGAUGAUUUAUGACCUUCAGGAACAACGUAAUGUAAAUAUAAGACGGGCACUCGUCCUUCGUGCUCUUCCUGUGUACCUGCGUGAAGAUGCCUUCAAGUUCUUCAGGACCUGUAAUUCAGCAGAUUGUCCAGACCUCACUGACACUCCGGUGGCUCUCCUGACAGUCGUCACGGAUGACACUAUUAAUGCGGCCCUCUUCAGCCCUGAGAGCAUCUGUAUCGUCGUGGAGGAUGAAAUACUUGUGAGUGGUCCCACAACUCUGGCUGACUCAUUUCUCCUGCUCUUUGGGUAUGUCUAUGCACUAGACCUACAGUACCCAAAGAAUCUUGAACUUACAUUCACAUUUAUCCAAAAAGUUGUGAUGUGUCUUGAGGACAACAAACCACUGAAAGGGCGUCUACUGAUGCUGAAGAAUGAUUUGUUUAAUGAGUGAAUCACUCAGGAUGGAUUAUUUGAGUUGAGUAUUGAGAAAGUCCCUCCCUUUUUACAAAUGUAAUAAUUUGCCUGUUCUA